AUGACAGGCGCUGACCAGAAAUCCUUCCUAGGGAAUAUAUCUUCAUGGAGUACUACCUCUAGCAGUUCUACACCGCAGCCUGAUCCAUUGAGACCAGAUGUCCUACAACGGUCGCAGGGAGAAGACCAUACGGUGACCCAUCGGCAUCGGCUGAGCUGGCGUCAUUACCCAUCCGAUUGCCCCCCAUUGAAAGUCAGAUGGUAUUAUGCCGUGGAUUCGCCGAAGCGUAAGCCUUCUCUCCUGGAGCAGAACAAGGCCGAAAAACCACUGCCUCCGCCCAAGAAGUUUAUUCGCUUCUCAAUGAAGGACUCGCAGUCCAUUGAAACAACAUUCCAGAAAUUGUCAGAAAUCGAGGACUCUCAGGAAGAGCCCCACAAUCAACAUACUGUAUCGAAGAAGGUCCCGGUCAAUGAAGACUAUUUGUUUGACGUGGACGUGGAACAUCGAGAGCUCAGCCCGGCUUAUUGGAUUGGCCCUGUUUAUGAAGUCCGUCGUGGAACCUGGUUCUUCCAGGAUAGUUCUGGGAUGAAGCCAUGUGAAGAGAAUCUUGCGACUCAGUUGGAAGAGGGGUACCUCAAGCUAAGACCGUGGAGGGCGGACGAACGUGAAUCGGAAGCUUCCAUGGAUGAACAUGAUCUGCCUCGCGGGAAACCAGAUUCUCAGCGUAGCGCCAAAGCCAAAGCCAAAGCCAAAGCCACAAUAGCAGCCAAACCCCGUUCUCAGGGUGCAGGGAGCGAGGCUCCCGCACCUGCUCCAGAGCCUCAACAGUAUCGUCUUUUUGGAGCCUAUAUGAAUCGUAUUGUUUUAUACCAAGAUGCAUCGACUGCAUGGAUCAAUACCGACGAUUUCAUGUCGCGUUUCAGCACCACCGUAUAUCAAACGCUGGGCGGGGUCGCUGGCACAAAAUUAGUCCGGGGCUUCAUGGAGCCCAGACGACCUAAAGACUUUGAUCCGGAGCGAAAGCCCACAGACAGGACACCCGAGAAGAAAACUCAAGAGGCAGCCAAGGACCUUCUACAGAAAAUUGCGGAGACAGCCAGAGAAGAUGAGUCCGAUAUAGGCAGACAGCAAAGAUCCACGCUAGAACGACAGAUGUCGUCUCUUGCUGGUGAGCCACAAAAUACAGCUGAGCUAGAGGAAGAGGCCCGGUUACAGGAAGAACAGGAGAUGGAAGAUUUGAGGGAAGAUGACAACGAGGACCAGGCUCGAGAGGUCGACCACAUAGUCUUGGUAACACACGGUAUCGGCCAGCGACUUGGACUACGUUUGGAGAGUAUCAACUUCAUCCAUGAUGUGAAUGUGCUUCGCAAGACGUGUAAAAAUGUCUACAAAGCUUCGCCUGACCUCCAAGCGUUAAAUUCCAGCUUUGAAGACAAUGGUGGCAACUGUCGUGUCCAAGUGCUCCCUGUAUGCUGGCGCCAUCUUUUGGACUUUCCUUACCGUGAGGUCCGACAAAACCGAAAGGAACUGGACCUGGCUGACGCGGACACGCUUGAAGAUGAUGCCUACCCGAGCUUGGCUGAUAUCACACUCGAGAGCGUACCUGCUGUGCGAAAUUUAAUAAGUGAUUUAGCGAUGGACGUACUGCUCUACCAGAGCGGUUACUGUGAGCAUAUUUCUAAUAUCGUGAAAAAAGAAUGCAAUCGGAUCGUUCAGCUAUUCAAGAAGCGCAAUCCGUCCUUCAAGGGGUCGGUCAGUCUUUGCGGACACUCGCUCGGAAGCGCAAUACUUUUUGAUAUUCUAUGCAACCAACCAAGGGAUAUAGACUUCACAAAGAUGGCCGACGAGAGCAAUGACAUCCAUAAGAGACAAAACGCAGGACGGAGUGUUUUGAACUUUGAAUGUGAAGAGUUCUUCUGUUUGGGUUCUCCCAUUGCGCUUUUCCAGAUGUUGAAGGGGAAGACUAUUGCCGGACAAUCCCCAUUGAGUACACGGGGCCACAAAAGUCCUGUGGAUGCCGAACUCAAUUCUUUUGGAUCUUUUCAUGGCCCAAGUCGGGACUCUCAGGGCAGCGGGUACGAUUUGACCAAGAACAUCACGUCUGUGCCCAAAUGUCGAGAUCUCUAUAAUAUCUUUCACCCAUCUGACCCAGUGAGCUACCGUCUCGAGCCUCUCAUUUCUUCAGCGAUGGCAAGUCUUAAGCCUCAACCAUUACCAUCUGUCAAGAAAAGCUUAUGGACAACGUCUGGGCAGAGCCUUUCUAUUCUCCGUGAUCGCAUGGGUCAGAGUGUGGGCUCUAUGUGGAGCAACUUCACAUCUGGCGUCGCAAGCAGCUUGUUAAACCGUUCACUGGGUUUGAAUUCGGAAGACGUCUCCAGCGGCAAACUCGCCGAUGGCGGAACAGGGCACAAAGGUCCGCAGGCUGAAAACCCAGACUCAGAUGAGCAGUUCCACACCCUGAUCGAUCCCGACAUCGAGACACUCUAUGAUGGGUUUCAGAGGAGACGGAGCUUGAAGCGGGACCAGCGCCUAGGUGAAGCAGACCCCGUUCUAGACUCAGAAGACCAAGCGCGCAAGAUGAGACUUGAAGAUGCCAAAGUGCGUGCAUUGAAUUCCAAUGGACGCGUUGACUAUAGUAUACAAGAGGGCGCAUUCGACAUCUCAUUGAUUGCAAGUAUUGCUAGCCAUCUUACCUACUGGGGUGAUGAGGAUGUCAAUCACUUCAUGCUAUCACAGAUGCUGUCGAGGAAAUCACGACAUCGCAUGAAAUAUACAUAG